UGGGGCGGUUAGCCGGUCCCCACAAAAAGGGGUGUGCGUCACCGGGUCUGUUUCUCCUCCCCCUGUCCCGCCCCCUUCCCUGUCUGGCGUCUAUCUGUGGAUUUGCGGGUGUCUCCCAGGCGCCUCAAGGGGGCCACACGGGCCGGAGGUUGGGAAUAACUGCUUGAAGGAGAAAAUUCUCAGCAUGGAAAACUCAUGCAAAGAAAAUGAAGUACAACCACAGAGCACUCCAAAGACCGACAAAGAGCAGCUUCCGGUGGAGCAGUCUCCUGAAAAUCAGUGUUCUGAGGAGGAGCAGUCCUCCGAGGAUCUGUCCUCAGAGGAGCAGUCCUCAGAGGAGGAGUUCUUUCCUGAAGAGCUUCUGCCUGAGCUGCUGCCUGAGAUGCUGCUGUCGGAAGAUCGUCCUCCUCAGGAAUGCCUCUCACAGAAGAACCUGUUCGAGGACCGCCCUCCCAUGGAGCAACCUCCCUGUGGGGUGGGCAAACACAAGCUAGAGGAGGGAAGUUUCAAAGAAAGGCUGGCCCGUUCCCGCCCUCAAUUUAGAGGAGACAUCCAUGGCAGAAAUUUAAGUAAUGAAGAAAUGAUACAGGCAGCUGAUGAGUUGGAAGAGAUGAAAAGAGUACGAAAUAAACUGAUGAUAAUGCAUUGGAAGGCAAAACGGAGCCGCCCUUACCCCAUUUAAUGUGUUCCACCUUUCUUUGUUUUGCUUGAUAAUAGCAUUGCUACAUGGACUCUCUGUUUGCAUCUUCUUACAUGCCUCUUCCCUUCUUAGUUGUAAUUUUUUGUGCAGUUUUAUUUCAGGAGUUUGACUUGUAACUGGCACAGGAUUGCUUUUAUUAUUUUUUCUUUAACCUUUUAAAAUCUGAGUCCAAUCCAUUUGCAUGUAAAGAUAUACAUUAUAUAUGUGAAGUGAUAAAAGCAAAAGGUAUAUACAUAGCAUCCCAUUUUUGUAAAAGGAAAACACAUUUAUAUAUUAAUAUGCAAAGAAAAGCUAAAAACUAUAUACUUAAAGGCUAACAUUGGUUAUCUGUGUGGUAAAGAUAAUAGGUGAUUUUUAUAUUUUUUAAAUUUUGCUUUAUCUAAAGUCUCACUUUUCAUGAUGAAUACAUUUUAUUUAUGUUGCAUAACAAACAAUAUAAUAAAAAUGUGAAGCAAUUCUAAAAAACAAAACUUGGUAAUUAGCUUAUAAAGACAAUGU